AUGGGUAAAAAAGCAGUUGAAAUGGGGCGAUAUGGAGCAAGUGAGUUAAUGAGAAAUAAAAAUCUUCAGAAGAAAGCUGUAAAUUAUGGAAUCAGUAAACUUACUCCAUUUAUUCAAGAUUCUGUUGGAACAGCAAUGGACCAGCUGUCAACAAAAGUGAGACCAAAUAAAAAGUAUAAAACUGAUAGAAAGGAUUUAGACGGUCGAUCAGGACGAGGAGUUGGUGGUAAUAUUUUUGAAGAUAUGACUAAAAAAUUAAACGACAUUGUUUCAGACCCCCAAAAGUUUAAAGAAUAUCAACUAGACUUAGCUAAUUAUGCGUGGGAGCAAGCACAAAUAUUUGGAUAUAGGGGAACAUUACAACAAUUUUUAGCAGCACUCGGUUUAAGC